AUGACCGGUGAGCAGGCCCAGGUGAAAGCACUCUAUGAUGCCGUGCCUCAAGACCGACUGAUCGACCAGAUAGGCGCCGAUCUCAUUGAUACCUAUGCGCAAUUUGAGCGGGCAGCCCUGUUCGUCGGCAAUGAUUCCGGCCUCAUGCAUUUGGCGGCUGCUGCUGGUAUCCCCACACUCGGCCUUUUCGGGCCCACACGCGAUGAUCUCUAUGCGCCAUGGGGCGACAAUUGCGCCUCUAUACGGGGAGGGCGAACAUGUGAUGAGAUCACCUCAGACCCGACAUACGAUUUUGAUAGCCCAGACAGUGCCAUGACCGACUUGACCGUUGAUCUGGUUGUGAAAGCGGCAAGCGACCUUUUCGACAAGGAGACCUCUGUGUCCGACAUCAUUCCCAAGACCUUCGACGUCAUCUAUUCCGGCGGGACUGUCGUCAAUCAGGACGGGACGGGAAUAACCGAUGUCGGUAUUCGGGACGGGCGCAUCGCUGCCAUUGGCGACCUGUCAAAAGCGGAUGCGGGUGAACGCAUUGAUGUGACAGGGCUUCAUGUACUGCCAGGCGUGAUCGACACCCAGGUUCACAUGCGUGAGCCUGGCAAUGAGCACAAAGAAGAUCUGGAAGCUGGUGGCAAUGCCGCCGUUUUAGGUGGCGUGACAGCCGUCUUUGAAAUGCCGAACACCAAACCGCCGACCACGAACUCCGAAGCCUUGGCGGACAAGGUGAAGCGCGCUCAUCACCGUAUGCAAUGUGACUAUGCGUUCUAUGUCGGGGCGACCACCGAGAAUGCGGAUAUCCUUGCGGACCUUGAGCGCGAGACUGGCUGCUGUGGUGUCAAAAUUUUCAUGGGAUCCUCAACGGGCAAUCUACUUGUGCCGGACGAUGAUCAUGUGCGCGCUGUACUCCGUGCGAUCAACCGCCGCUGUGCGGUCCAUUCAGAAGAUGAGUACCGUCUGCGGGAACGCCGUGAACUGGCAGAAUUGGACAAGCCCGAAACACAUCCGGUCUGGCGUGAUGUUCAAACAGCGGUUCAAUGUACCGAGCGGCUGCUAAGGCUUGCGCGCGAGGAAGGGGCCCGUAUUCACGUGCUUCACAUCACAACUGCGGAUGAGAUGCCGAUCCUGGCUGCAAACAAGGACAUCGCCACGGUUGAGGUAACACCUCAGCAUCUGACCUUCGCGGCACCGGAUUGCUACCAGGAGAUUGGAACGCGCGCGCUUAUGAACCCACCUAUCCGCACAGCCGAGCAUCGUGCAGGUCUGUGGGCGGGUAUUGCGGCGGGCAUCGUGGACAUCGUGGCGACAGACCACUCACCGCAUACACUUGAGGAAAAGGCACAAGCCUAUCCGAAGGCACCGUCCGGCAUGCCCGGCGUGCAGACGUUCGUUCCCGUCAUGUUGAACUAUGUGAACGAGGGCAAGCUCAGCCUUGAGCGUUUUGUGGACCUGACAUCACACGGUCCAAACCGUGUGUUCGGAACGGCCCGUAAAGGCCGUAUCGCCGUUGGCUAUGACGCGGACCUCACCAUUGUGGACAUGAAAAAGAGCCGCACCAUCGAAGAUGACUGGAUCGCGUCCGUGUCCAAAUGGAGUGCCUUCAGCGGCCGCACCAUGACCGGUUGGCCCAUUGGCACGGUGAUCCGCGGGCGCCGGGUGAUGUGGGAUGAUGAGAUUCUCGGGAAAGCUGGCGGGGAGCCGGUGACUUUCACAGAAGUGCUGCCGCGCGGCUAA